AGCUUCGUCAAGAAGGCCGGGUAGCUAACGUUGCAGAUGUUGUAAGCCGAGGUCAGAAAGUCAAAGUGAAAGUUUUGUCUAUGACUGGCACGAAAAUUAGCCUGAGUAUGAAGGUAUGUAUAUUUAUAUUUUUGCUUUUAACAUAAAAGUAAACUUAGUAGUAGGUGAAACUGGACACAAAUUAUGUCUCAUUCACGACCUUCCUAAACAAAGGAAUGACCUACAGGGGGCGGCUUAAGGAAAGGCAAGCCACCGGAUGGCAAUUUUUCUAGCUUUCUAAAAAAUUAAUUAUCUCUUGAUUGAUAUAACUCAGAUUAAAAUUUAGAUUUAUGAGUUAAUGUUUUUUUACACUUCUUUUGACGUUUAUAACCGUAGUUUUGCAGCUUUUCAAUAAUUUUUACAAAGGUUGAAAAAAUCCCUAUCCGGCUGGCCAGCGUACAACUGGCCCCCUUGAGUCGGUUGUUCGAAAGACGACCAGCUUAACCCUAGGUUAACCUAAAGUUCAGAGCUAACUUCCUGACAGCUUGUCUUUAAAUUUGGAAAUGUUUCUUCAGAUAUCUUGUCCGGAUCAGUAGGAGCUCACUUCUCUGAAGCCUUUAAAUAAACAAACGUGCAGAAAUACACAAACCAAAACAGCGGAUUAAACUUUAACCGAGAGUUAGCGCUAACCAACCUUUGAACAACUGUCCCCGGGUGUGCAAUUACUUGAAUACUUGUUAACAUUUUACAGGACGUAGAUCAAGGCACGGGAGAAGAUUUAAAUCCAACAAGAAUGCGACAUAACAUGCAGGGCGAGUCGUCAGCAAUGACGAGAAACCCAGACAGGUAAAUAUUAAUUCGUUGGCUCUCGUGGUUAGCCAUUACACGUAUAUAACUUUUGCUGAUUGGAUGUGAUCUCCUAAUAUUCACUGUGAAUUCAGUGUUGCAUGGAGUUAUUUUUAUUAGCUCUUCAGGAUGUAUCAGACGUAGAAUAGUCGCAUUGAUGUGUCUGGUUCUUCCUAUUCUUCCGCUCGUAUUUUGGUUAUAAACAUGAAUACCAGGGUGUCCCAAACGAUGAGUGGUUUGGACGGCAAUGGCGUUAAGAAUUGCCGUAGAACGUAAAAGCUGUCUGUACGGCAAUUUUGGCAGUUUCCACGGCAUUUUUUCAAAUUAAUAAAGAUUUAAGUUUAUUGUUACUUUGAAUUGUUGACAAGCUAGAAACAUGUUUACGUAUUACUCUAAGUGGGUUUUUUUUCGAAGAAAACUGAAACUAAAAUAGUAAUUUACGCAUGAUUUGAUCAACAUCUGAAUUCAUGUAUCAAAAUAGUAAUACACAGUGAAUAGUAUAAAUAUUACACUAUACGGCAAAAAAUUGCCGUCGUUGCCGCUAUAAUCCACGGCAUUUUGUUCUCGCUCUACGGUAAUUGCCGCGAUAAAAUUCAAGCCCUGGGUCUAGUGUAGUUAACAUUCUACAGCACUUUUAAAUUGCGUGGUUCACCCAGGUCUGAACUACCUGAAACAGACAUGGGUACUAAUCACGUGACGAGUCAGUCAACGCUCUACCGAAAGUCGUGGGUUUUCUCCGGGUACUACGGUUUCCUCCCAAAGGGAAUGUUGACAGCGUGGGUUGGGAUUAGCCCCAUAACUGACCCUUCCAUCAUAGCUGUACUCCGUGAUCAGACAUGAUUCGUAAGGUCGCUGCCAUAGGCGCCCUUAUAUAGUACAGUACGCCUUGGACUGUAUCAGGUUGAGCUGCGUCCUUCGUAAUUCAGCUUAGCUCUCAGCUGCAAGUAAGGAUGAUUAGCACACCCCACACCGCACUUACUUUUUUCCUCACCUUCGCUUUUGGAAGGAUCACAUUCUUUCCAUAUCCAGUAGCAGUCCGAAGAAAAAAAAAUGAUAAUCACUGAUCAAGAAUAGUAAAAACUCAGGUUUUAAAUACUAGUUGCGAGGCUGAACUGUAAUUGUUUAAUCAUGCUAUUGCCAUUUUGUGCAUUUUCGGGGUGGUUUUGCACAGAGAAAACAAAAACAAGGAGCAGCUGCGAAAAAUGCAACUAAAGGCAGGAAUGAAACCUGCAAGCCUGAUAUUUACCAUGCAUGCAUUAUAAUGACAUCGCCCACUGUAUGUAUGUAUACAAGAAAUUUCUAUCUAAUUAUGUACACUCCUGGACACAAACUACGGACGCUAAGACUAUGAGAGUAAGGAUAAUUUCUCAGGAUUAUUUUAUCAUAAUGUUGUUAAUAAAUCCUGUUCAUUACUAGACCUUCAGUUGCAUCCGUUCCUGUUUACGACGACGACUCCGCGAGAGAUAAACGAAAAGUACAACGCGUCACAUCUCCUGAGAAAUGGGAGAUCAAGCAGGUUGGUCAGCUUUUCUAUUACAGUGUUAGAUAUUAUUCAGUGGUAUAACGCAACGCUCGCUUAUUUGCCAAGGAGGGAAGUUAAAACUCCCUAUGCUCAUUGUGAAGAAGACUUGUUAGUAUAUUGUAUAAAUAUAAUGAUAUGUAAGUUAAAGCAAUCCCUGUUACGGCUCAUUUGUUUCUAUUACUUCCCUGUGCCGCAUGAAGGUCAGUAAGCAUUUGAAAGAGCAUUACAAAAUUAGUAAUAUUCCAAAGUUUCGUUUUAAAAUGUUGUAAAAUGCGGAUAAUAUAGCCUUGCGAAGUUUGCAAUUUUCAGUCAUUUUAGAUUACAAACGGGAAAUGGUUAUCACUUCCGUGCGUAAUGUUGUAAAAUGCGGAUAAUAUAGCCUUGCGAAAUUUGUAGUAUUCUGGGCUAGUAUUCCAAAGGUCGUAGGUUCGAAUCCCACCGUGGUCAGGCAUAUUUUUAAGCCUACCCGGUGUGGGUAUACACUCAGAGUAACAUCACACAAGCAUGUUCUGCAGUUAUAUGGAAAUUAUAAAAUAUGUGUUUUCUUGAUGCAGAUUUUCAUUCCAGAAUAUGCACUACUUUUUUAUCAUGUUUUAUCCUCAUUUAGCUUAUAUCAGCUGGAGUUCUGGAUAAGGCCGACUAUCCUGACUUUGAUGAAGAAACUGGAGUAUUACCUCAAGAAGGCGAAGAUUCGGG